AUGGCUACUGGUGCACGCUAUCUACACUUUUUGCUUGCCUUUGUUUUGCUCUCGAUCUUGCAGUGUAGUUUCGCUGAUGAAUCGUCGGGUAUCUUAGAUGAGUGCAAGGAAAGCUGUGAGCGGAGCUACCCGUUACAUACAUACCCAAAGGUAGUAAAUCGUAAUCUAUAAAUUAUGAAGUUGUUUGCGUACAUUUCUGAAUUCUGUUGAGGAUCUCGCCACUCCUUGCUGGUAUACAAAGCAUUCAUGUAGCAGCUGGCGCUUCUUCGCCUCAAUCUGGUUGAAAUUAGGAUUCUUAUUUUUUUUUCUCUGUUAUGUAUUCAGGAAGAACCUUCGCUUGCUUGUAAGCAAGGUUGCCGGCUAUCUGCUAUAGCACAAUUGAAGGCUGGAUACUCAACCUCCGAAAAUUUUACAGCAGUCUGCGUAUCAGGUAAACUUGUAGUCCGUUAUAUAAGCCAUGCUUUCAGUUUGGCUAGAUCUUAUUCUUCACUGAAUUGAGAAGAAAAGACUAGUGUGUUAAACAUGCAUUGUAAGUUGUCUGUACAAGGUUGAAAUACGGAUUUUUAUUUUCCAACCUCGUUUGUUUUCGAUUCAACCGAAGAUUUAUUCAGGAAAAAUUCGGGAGAUUCUUUUAAGUCUGUCUUCGUUGCCUGGAUACAUAUUAUAGCUGAGGCAGCAGCAUUUAUUUGUUUGGUUAUAAAUCCUUUCAUGGGUAUUCGGUGGAAAGCUUUAUAAAAAUGAUGGACAACCACACUUUCUCAAGUUAGGACAGGGGACAACUUUUCCUAGUUUUUCUAUUGCAUAUGCCUUCAGCGCAAUUUUACAAGCUAGUGCACGUUUGAGAUGAUCAAGCGGAGUAUCAAAACCAUUUGAUAAAAGAUGAUGUGAAGUGUUAUCAUUUUUUAGAGCCUUUGAUGUUUCCCGUAGCUUGCUCUAUUUUGUGCACGAGAAGAAUGACUUUUUUUCCUUUGUUUCUGAUUCCUCGUUUAAGUCUACAAAUAACUGAAUAUUAACUGUAAUUUUUUUUCCGCUCUCUUUCGGCCUGAUUUCAUAAAAAAACUGAAGCCGGAUGCAUAUUUCUGCCUCUUGGUUCUUUGGGGUUAUGGAAAUAUUUACGAUUCAACAAAUAUAAAUUUGUCCAUGUGCUAUCAAAUAACAACCCAUAUACAGUGUAGCUGUUUUUAGUUUUAUGCAGGAAGUGUCAAAUUUUUAGUUUGAUCAAGGUGUUUUGCUUUCUGUUGGUCAUUUUUGAAACCAGAGCAUUUGUAUCCCAUCUUAGUUUUGAGACAUUGCUUAAAAGGGUAUCAUUUGAGAAGACGUUACUUAACUUAAAUAACACCUGCCAAAGGUGUUGCUGGUAACUACUUGCACAUUCUCUUGUUGUAAACCUUUUAAGAAACCAGGGAAAAGUUUCAUUAAAAUAUCAUUAGAUGAAAAUGAUGAUUAUGUUAUUUUAGUGUCAAGCUUAAAUCCCUUGUGCUAUGUGAACAGAUGUUGUAAUACACAGUGCAGGCUCAGUGGUGUAACAUGUUUAAAUGAUUUUUUUUCCAAAAAAAUUACAACAAAAUUUGGCACAUUUACCCGCAAGUUGCAGCUGUGAUUCCCCUUUUUGUUUGUUGGGUGUUUUCUGUUUUUCUCUUCAUGAUAAAAUCGUAAAAAAAUUUCUUUCCUCGAGAGUUACUCCUUAACUUCACAAGGCUAUUUUUGUUUGGGAAAAAAAAUUAAGUCAGAAGAUGAUGCAAUAUUGGAGAUAACAGGUUCUUUGAAUUAAUGGUUAAUAAUUCAAGUGAACAAGAAAACUUUUUUAGAAGUUUGUAUAUAUUUCAAUGAUUGUCUUACACCUUUCUUCAUUUUGCAACUUAGUGCAAAGGUUGCCUAUUUUCUUAACCCAUUCACUGAUACAACUGCUAAUUGUAGAAGUAAACAGGAUACUUCUUCACAUGAUAAAUUUACCAAUGGCAGGUGUGUCAAUAGCAGCUGUGAAGUGGGUGGAGUUGUUGAAGAUUUUUGUUUGUUUGAAGGAAACCUUAAGGAACUCUUUCAUUCUUGGGAGUGACCAAAAAUAAAUUCAUCCUUACAAUGUUAAUAUAUUUUCAAGUAAAAAAGUGACAAGAAGGAAGGCGAAAUAAAAAUCUGGGGAUAUUGUUUGAUUUGACUAUAAAUUCUCAAAGAGUCUACAUGUAGAUCUUCAAAGUUUCCCAACAGAGCCCAGACAUUCCAAGGAACAUAAGGUUCUUCAAGCCUUCAAAACUACCCUCUUGUUGAUCCUCUGGCUAUUCUAAACUCUCUAUUUGUAACUUAUUUACUUAACCCUUAAACCUUUAAGAGUGAUUAGCAUCUAAUUUCUCCUUACAAUAUAAUCACUGAAUCAAACAUUAAUGAGAAUAAAGGAAAUGAUCACCAACCGAAGAAACUCUUGAUUGUUAGACAAAUUCUCCUUGUCAGCACCUUAGAACAUUUGGGAGAAUAUGAAUUCCGUUGUUAGGGUGUGAAGGAUUAAACCAUUGCUAAUGGCCCAGCUUGCAGUAGGUAAAGUGUAUCUUUGUACUUGUACAAUGCAGCUCAGUGUUCAAGUAUUUAGGGCAAAAUGUUGAUGUCAUGGGCUUGUUUCGUUAUGGAGACUUAUUUUUUUUGUCCCCCUCUCAUGAAGAAACUACAUGUAACUACAUUUUUCUUUAUGUAUUUUAUGUUUAGGCUGUAGAGAAAGUUAUGAAGAAAGUGAAAGCCUUUAUGCCUGUGUUGUGGGAUGUAAAUCACAACCUCUCAUCCCUUCCCCAGAGACAUACCUUGAGGUAGGUUGUUUUUAAAACAAAUCAUAAAAAUUAUAUAGAAUAUUUUAUGCAAUUUUCAACAUGUAGUCACCAUGGUUUACUUCAACCUCCCUUCAGAGUGCAAGUUAUGAAAAGAAACCUCCAUGUAGUUGCUUUAUUUCAAUCUCUUGAGAUAGUACUUUGCCAAGAUUGAUGUCUGAGCAUGGUUAAAAUUUAAAAUCUGUGGCCUUCUCUCAAACUCCUUUCUCCCCCCCCCUGUUUUCUUUUCUAUUGACUUCUUUUUCAGGCACAGAAGACCAAUGGAUAAAAUGGGUAUAUUUGCUAGAAACCCUUCAAGUAGAGUCUACUAUAUGUAAAAACUGUAUUGUUUUACACUGAUUUUGUACAUCUUUUUAGAUAACAAUCAUGCAAAUAAAUCAAUCUGUUGUGUUUGUUUUGCAUGUUGACAUCUCUAAAGCUUGCUCCUUGUUUGUGGUCAGAUCUUGUGCAACCAAAAACCUUAUAGAGCCUCUUAAAUGAGAUACCAACUUAUUAACUCUGCACACAGCAAGAGUCAAAGUUUAUGCAAAGUACAUAAAUUUAUUUCAGGAAAGAAUGCCAGAUCAGUGGAGUUUCAGGACUUACAUGGUGUAUGUAUACCCAGUUUUGGACGUCAGCAAGUAUUGCCGUGGGUUCAUGAACAGAGUUGGAUAUUACUACAGGAUGUCAUCAUCCUAUUAUUACAGCUAUGGCGAUAGCAAUGGUAUCAACAUAAUUGAAAUCAAUGAACCGCCACGGGAGUUUAUCACAGUACAAAAGUUUGAUGAAAUAGAUGUUAUUGAGAAUGAUGAUCCACAAGUAGCCAGAUACAGUGGUGAGUUACAUGCUAAACCUGAUUGUGCAAAGAGUGCCAUAGUAAAUUACUUCAUAUACCAUUAUGCCUUAACCCUUUAACUCCCAUAAGUGACCAGGACAGAAUUUCUCCUUACAAUAUCAAUACAAUAUCACACAGAUAAGUGAUGAGAAUAAAGAAAAGUAUCAAUUUAGGGAUGAUAAGUUGAUCCAAUGCUAAAUUCUCUGAACUAACAUCAUAAGAAUUAUAUGGUUGACAGUCAGGAGAAUUACAAAGUUGAUCUGGAAGUUAAAGGGUUAAACUCUCAGAAGGGAUCAAUAAGAAACUUCUCCCUGUAAUAUCUUUACAGUGUCCAGUAAUGCAAACAGGUCAUGAGAAUACUCAAAUUUAUCAGGUAGAAGUUAUCUUGAUCUAACACCAGAUGCUCUAAACUAGGAAAUGUCUCGCAGCUUGAGGAUAAUUAUUAAUCAAAUCUUGGGAGUUAAAGGUUUUUUACAAAUUUUAAAAGGAGAUGUUUGCCUAUAUGUAAUAGAUUUGAAAUAAAUUUCCUACUUACUGAAUUAAGACAAUCCAUUUAAUAACCUUAUAUGUACCAUAUAACCAUUCAAAGUGUCUUCAAUUGUGCAAACAGCUUCAACAUUUGAAACAACCUUUUCAAAAACUGCUUUGUAACAUAGCCAUGUACACAAACGCAUCACACAUGUACAGCUCACAAUCAAUUGUAGCACUGGUGUUAACUAUUUGAUUGAUGAAUGCCUUAAUGUGUAGCUUCCAAUUUUUUAAACAGUGCACAACGAAAUAGGAGUUAGAUUUUUUAAUCUAAAAUGGAAGCAUCCAUGUUGUCUUUUUAACAGAUAAUUAUCUGAUGUCAGAAUUACAUUUACAUGUACAUGUACAGGCUGUACAUGUACCUAUUGGAUCUGUUGAAUGGCUGAGAUGAAGAUUGUAUAAUUUCUGGAGCUUUAGAGACAGUUGUUGUCACCAUUAUCCUAGUUUUCACUGGUAGUGUAGAAACACUUGGCUUUUGAGUCAAUUAUAGUACUUACUCUAUUUAUUUUUUCAGAUGACAUUGAUGAUUCAUACUCUAGCACUGUUGUUAAUAGAGGACACCAGUGGCUUCAAUGUGUUUCACAACGUUCAGGCCUUCCAUUCUGGUUGUUAUCGUCCACCCUUUUCCUGUCCAUUUUCUUCUUGAUAUGGUUAUGUUGCGCUACAGCGACUACUACUCCUAGAGAAAAGGGCAAGGUACAGUCUGCAGUGUUGUGUACUGUGUUGUCAUAAAAAAAAAAUUAAUAAUACAUUGUAGUGUUAAACUUUGAACAAGAAACUGAAGUGAUACAAUCACUGUGAAGCAUGAGGCCCUUCUUCUGAGCAUUUUUCUUCUUUCCCGUGAGUGACCAAGACAGAAAUUCUCCUUGCUAUAUCUAUACAAUAUCAUGCAGACAAGUGAUGAGAAUAAAAAGAUAUCAAUUAUGGGAUUACUAAUUGAUCUAAAACCCAAAUUCUCCAAACUUACAUGAUGAGAAUCAUUUGCCAGACAGUAAGGAGAAUUACUAAUGAGAUCUUGAGAGUUAAAGAGUUGAGGGCAGGGCUAUUGUUACCUACAGUAAUAUGGGAUAUUUUCUGCUCCUUUGCAUAGAAUUUGAUUGGCUAUUUUUGAUAAAGAAGCAAAUUGAAUUAAAAGUGAUGUCAUUCAGGGAGUGUCACAGCUUAAGUUCUGUCAAAUUAAAUUGUUAUGCUCUAGACGUACUAUGAUUAGUCAAGAGCCUUCAGUCAAAAGACAAAAGACAAAGUUGACACUAUAAAUGAAAAGUCUGCAGUGGAUAUUGCAUUGAUCAUGCCAAGUUCAAAAUCUUCCAAUUUUUUAAGCCCCUCAUCCUUGUAGUGUCAUUAAACGUUUGUAGAAACUCAAAAUGGCUGAAUACUAGUAAAAAAUGUAAAUUUAAACAAUUACUGAAUAUGGUUUUGCAUGAUAUCAUGCUUGACUUCAUCCAGUAGUUGCUUGUUAUUUUAUGGGAAGGUAAUCUUGAGGUAAAUCUGAGCCUUCUUAUUGGUUCUUUGGUACCUGAUUCUCACAAAAUAAACAAGUUCAGUCUGAGUGCUAUAUAAUACACUACUCAAUAAAAUUGCUUGCUUGAGCUGUAGUGAGGAAUACUGGGCCUAGUCCUUCACUGCUUUCAGUCUGUACUUGCACAAGCUUGGGCCAAUAUUCACCCGUACAGCCCUUUUGCUUGAUUGUAAAAAGUUCUAUUCAUUUUACAAUUAACAUCAGUUUUACAACUCUCAAUUUCCUUGUUAAGUGAUCGUGCGGCUACAGUAGUUGUUUUAAAACAGGUCACAAAAUUUUUUCAUAAUCAUGAUAUGUUACUGAUGUAAAACAAAAUGGUCUACUUUGUUUAGGCAUCUGUUGUCGGUGAGCUUAUGUUGUUAGAUGAUGAUAGUCUGUUGGAGAAAAUGCCACUGGUUACAACUGAUGAGAAUGAGGAAGCAGGCCCACUUCCUGUCAAACUACACAUUGAUGCAACAGUGCUGUAAUGGAAAUUUGAUCUGCAAGUCAUAUGGCUGUGAUCCAUGAAGUGGGAAAUAGUUACUUAGUUUAUGACUGAAUGGGACUUCAGCUUCCCUACUCUCUCCAUG